AUGGCCGGAGAUCGCAGCACGUCACGACGUGCUGCUGCAGUCUCUGUGAGCUACGUCGACUUAACCUUCGACUCGGAAGAUGACGACACCGAGGCCCGCCCGCUACAGAACAGCCAAAGGCACAACCGGACCAAGCAGUCACCUCCACCUGAAGAUUCCUCGAGCUCAGAGGGCGAGUGCCCAGGGCUUGGAGAGGAGGAGUACGAGGUCGAGUACAUCGUGGACUCACGCUUCCGCUCGUAUGGCGGCAAACCGGUCUUCGAGUACCUCAUUCACUGGCAGGGCUACCCGAUCUCCGAGCGAUCCUGGACACUGGGGUCACAACUGGACGAAGAUGACCCUUCCGUCCUACAGUUUCACAAGAAGUACCCCAAGAAGCUCAGACGCGGGCAACGCACGCUGCUGGACGUGUUACGGAGCGUGCCUUCUGCGACCGGUAAACAAAGCGCCGCCCCCACUCGUGCAACCAACGCCGAUGCGAAGAUUGUCCCCACGCGUGACAUCAAGGUCAAUACCAAGGUCACUACCCCUCGUAAUGCCAAGGCCACCACUGUCCAGGCGCCGUCUUCUACUCCGACCUCCAAGCCUCGCGUCGUUGGCAAGGAGAACCAGCGUGUUCCGGCAAAGCGAGCCAGAUCUGAGUCUGAUGAUGAUUUCAAAGCCGACGACGGGUCAGAAUCGGAGUCAGAAGUCGGCGAUGAAGACGAAACGCCCAGCGAACCCAGUGAAACUGCCACCCCAUCAGAAGACGAGGUGGACGAGAGGCCAACAAAGACCGCUAGGAAGACUCAUGGCGGCUGGGGAGCUGGACCUAAGGGGCCCAAGAAGCCCAAGGUUGUGCUCCAUAACUUCAAGACGAACGUGGUUCCACUGAAAAUGUCUGUUGAUUUGAAGACCGCCGCGAAGCAAAGCGCCGAAGACCUCCCACCCAUCAACGAUAUUGAAGCCAUGUUUGAGCACCUCAACUCGCGUCUACCUGCUAUUGAGAAGGUCGCCAAACGGCUGAAUGGUCGCAAGCUCCGAGUGGCCACGAUGUGUUCGGGUACGGAGUCGCCGCUGCUCGCACUCAACAUGAUCGCCAAGGCGGCAAAGGUUCAAUCCGACAUCUCAUUGGAGUUUGACCACGUCUUCUCCUGUGAGAUUGAGCCCUUCAAACAAGCGUACAUUGAGCGCAACUUUGCGCCUCCCAUUCUGUUUCGCGAUGUCACAGAAUUGGGCGGCAACCAGGCCCACACUGCAUACGGCUCACUGGUCGAUGUCCCUGGCAACGUCGAUAUUCUCAUCGCUGGAACAUCAUGUGUGGACUACUCUGGUCUCAACAACGAGAAGCAGGAUAUCGACGCGAACGGUGAAUCUGGCCGAACUUUCCGAGGGAUGCUCCAAUGGGUUCAGAAACACCAGCCGCCAAUCGUCAUCCUCGAGAACGUCUGCAGCGCUCCGUGGGACAAGGUCGUGGAGUACUUCGCUGAGAUUGACUAUGAUGCGCAACACUCUCGCUUGGACACAAAGGAGUUCUACAUUCCCCAUACGAGGACGCGAGUGUACCUGUUCGCAACUCCUAUGCAGGCUGGCAGCAAGCAACAACAUCUAGCUGAAAAGUGGGCCGCCACUGUUCGCGACUUGCGCCGGCCUUGGUCAUCAUCUUUUGAGGCCUUUCUCCUGCCAACGGACGACGUCAAUAUUCAUCGCACUCGCCUCGAUCUGACCGCUGCGAGGUUCGCCAAAGACGGUACCCAACGAAAGGCGACCGAUUGGGGCCGUUGCGAGUCGAGGCACGCACGGGCUCGACAAGAGGAAGGGCUAGGCGUUCUCCGACCGUUGACCUCGUGGCAGGAAGCUGGAGUCUGCAAAGGUCUUGACUGGACAUGGAACGACUGGCUCCUCGGCCAAACAGAACGUGUUUUGGACCUCCUCGAAAUCUCGACUCUUCGCAUGGCGAAGGACGGUAUCGAUGCGGGAUUUAAAGCCUGUAUCUGGAAUGUCAGCCAGAACGUCGACCGUCAAACUGGCUCCUCAAAGACUGCUCUGGCCCCAUGCCUCACUCCCAACAUGAUCCCAUGGGUGACAAACCGUGGUGGGCCCGUGACCGGACGCGAGGCGCUGGCCUUGCAGGGAAUACCUGUCAGUGAGCUUCUCCUCACCAGCGAAAACGAAGAUCAACUUGCGGAUCUAGCCGGCAACGCCAUGACUACCACUGUUGUUGGCGCGUCGAUGCUAGCGGCCCUAUACGUUGCCGCCCACACUCUGCCUGAAGGCGAAGAUGCCAUGGUCGAAGCUCACAAAGCCGCCGUGAAUCAAGAACGUGAGACAGCCGCUGCAGCGUCCAGGAUAGUCGGUGAGCAGAAUCUCGUUCGCCGCCGACUUGAUCUGGCCAGGGUCGCGAAGACACCCUUGGCGGAGAUACUCGACCUCGCGGAACGCAGCUCUCGGUACUGCGCGUGCGAGGGGCAGUCGGGUACGGCAUCAGCACCAGUUCAAAGGUGUCUGGCCUGCGGCUAUCGAUCGUGUCAAUCGUGCGGUGGACGCCCUGAACAUGUGUAUGCGCUGUGCAAGGAUGUCCGCGUCCAGCCCACCCAGUUCGAGAAGGAUUUCAAGAGCAUGCUUCCAAUGCGUGUCACAUUUUCUGGAAUCUCGGCGGACAGUUUGGAUGCUGCAAAGCGGCGGGCUGAAAAGGAUGGCAAAGGGCAGGUCAAGAGCUCGGACUGGACCAAGUGGAGCCAGGCCGUCAUUGAGGCAACACACCACGCCGAGUUCCGAUUUCGAUUCCUCAAACGGCAGAACAUCUGGACUGCUGUGUAUGAGUCUCCGUCGGCGAGCCUUGAGCUUUGGCUCCAAAGCCCCACGCCCGAGUGGCGUCUGAUCAUCAAGCCGCCAGUCAAGGAGCCCGCCAACAGCCGAUUGAGACAGCUCCUCCUCCAACCUGCAGCCAGGAUGCGGCUGAACUUGAAGAGGACAGAUCUGCUCGACGGAUUGUGGGAGGUGUGCGUCCCGUCUGACCAAACAUUUGAUGUUGAAAUCGGCCAAGCAGGGGAGAUGGUCCCAUCGUGGCAGGCCUCGCUCGGACUUCAAGACGGUCUUCAAGACACUUGGCGCUGGUCGAAGUACAAAAUCACUGUGCCAGAAGAGACCGAUCGGGCUCUGGACAGACCCUUGUCUGGAGUCUAUUCGCUGCUUCCCCAAUGCGGGCAGGCGAUGGCCUCUCUCCACGUCAAAGAGGAGACUGAAGCUGGACAGCCUCGAAUGUACUUCUUCUUGGACCCGAAUCGGUCGGGCGAAGCAUCAGACGACCGGUUUGUGUUCUCAACGUCGACCGAGCGGCUCGACUACGAUGUUCCGCGGGACAUCGUCGCCUCGCUUGACCCCAAAUGGCGAGAGACUGUUCGUACGAAGUCGGACCACAAGCGGGUUGCGGUUCACGUUCGAGGCGGAUGGGUCCAGUGCCAGAAUACUCGCCUUGUGGCGAUCAGCGACAAGGCAAUUGGAGCAAAAGCUGGCACUGGACAUGGUGCCACUGUUUCUCUCCCGCCCUCUGCUGAAUCAGUCUCCUCUUCGGCUGAUGAUUGCAAGCAUGCCACUGCUAUCUUGUCGGCUAGUGUCCCACUCGACCCCUCACAUUCCGAGCCCAUGUGGCGUCCAGAGGCUUGGGGCGAGGUCGACCUGCAGCACAAUGGAAACACAACAUUCGCGAAUCUGGCUUGGAUAACCGAACGACUUCCUUCGCUCGACGGCUUCUCUUCUUGGACAAGCCUUCCUGAUGUAGAGGUCGCAGGUGCUGCCUGUUCAGAAUGCGCCCCCCACCGACCGACAAUCCACUGGAUAAAGCAGCUUGGAAAGCCGAACAAGAAUGGGCACAAAACGAAGAGCACGAUUUUCCCUUUUGAGGAUCGCAAGCAAGCAGGUCGCUAUGAGCAUGUUCGUGUCGCAGGCGGCGUGGGGCAACUGCUGACCAUCCAGGCGCUGAAGCAUCGGCCAGCCCCGUUUGCACUACAGCUGCGUCUGGAUGACAACAUCGGCACAUUCCGCAUCGGCCUCAACAUCAUGUCGUUGGCGCAUCGUGCACUGUCCCGGCUUCCAAAGAGCAAUGCGAAGGGCACAAUUCAGUUAUCUUGGCGCCUGACGACUGGUCUUGUCGCCGAUGUGCCCGAGCGCCCUCGUGUAUUCGUCUUGCCCAGCAACAAACGCGACCCUGAACACUCCCAGCCGUCCAACUUCUUGCUGCCACUGCGCAAAGAACAGCUCCGGUCGCUGUGGUGGAUGAUAUCUCAGGAACGUGCUGAAGGCAAAACGCACACCUUCGUGGAGGAAGAAAUCUCAGAAGCGCAGCUACCCGCGCUUGGCUGGAGGGCUGAAGGCAAGGCGGAGCGACCGGUAAUGGUUCGAGGAGGAGUCAUCGCGGACCAGGUCGGCUACGGUAAAACGAUCAUUUCUCUGGCAUUAAUCGCGGAGACAACGGGUCAGAAGGCCCCCGAGCCUGCCCCGCCAGGCCUCAUCGAUUCGAAAGCGACCUUGAUUGUCGUACCGGGUCAUCUCAGCAAACAGUGGCCGAGCGAAAUUAAGCGCUUCACGGGCUCGCUUUUUGAAACGAUCGUCAUCCAAACCGUGAAAGACCUGCAGCAGACGACGAUUCAGGACAUCAAGGCAGCAGAUGUCAUUGUGGUGGCGUCUGAGCUCUUCGAGUCGGAUGUCUACUGGCAACGGUUCGAGUACCUUUCGGCGCAACCCGAUGGUUGGCUUGGCGACAAGAACGGUGGCCGCUUCUUCGCAGACCAGCUGGACGCCGCCAUGCUUUCCCUCAAUGAGCAAGUCCAGAGCCUACAGGAAGGCGGAACACAGGCAGCACUUCAGUGCCGGGCGGCUCUUCACAAACGCGCCCUGAGCAAAGCGGAGAACAAGAAAGAUGAACUCAAGGCCGCAAACUUUGGAAAGCGCCUAAAGGGGGCGGCUUACCGCGACAAGUAUGACGCCGACACCCACGUGAACAAGAAAACGAAGGCUUCGUCCUCAAAGACGUCUUCUGAGGGGGACGAUGACAACACGGAGGAAUCCGACUCCCUUCUGGCGAAGCCCACUUUCCGACCGUCGAGUGGUGCCGAAUCCCUCAGUGGCCCUGCAGCUACAAAGAGCUUCAAGCGGAUCGCUUGCCCCGUUUUGCACAUGUUCCGAUUCCGACGAGUUAUCGCCGACGAGUUCACUUACUUGGAUAAGAGGGGCCUAGCCUCCUUGUUCCGCCUGUCCUCCUCCGCCAAAUGGGUCCUGUCGGGUACUCCGCCCGUGAACGACUUCCCGGCUGUGCGCAGUCUGGCCAGUUUCAUGGGUAUCCAUCUAGGUGUUGAAGACGACACCGAAGGUAGUACACAACUGCAGAAGUCUCGUGCGAAGGAGCAAACGGCUGCCGAAAAAUUCCACGCGUUCCGAGAAGUGCACAGCGCAUCCUGGCACCGCCGACGUGGUGACUUGGCCCAAGAAUUCCUCGACGCAUUUGUCCGCCAGAACAUUGCUGAAAUCGAGGAUAUCCCGACUCUGGAGCAUAUCCACAACUUCAGGCUGCCAGCGUCGGAGGGCGCAGUCUACCUGGAGCUGGAGCAUCACCUCCAGGCCCUCGAAAUGCAGGCGCGCAAAGAAACGAAGUUUAAGAACGUCUCUCAGGGCGACCGCAAUGCACGGUUGGAGGAGGCCUUGGCGGACUCUCGUACUGCGGAAGAAGCACUUCUGAAGAGGUGUUGCCACUUCACUCUCGAUCUGUCCGACAAAAAGCACGACGCCAAGACCGCCAUCGAAGCAUGUGAUCACAUUGCCAGCGCUCGGAGGAAGCAGCUUGAGGGAUGUGAGGACGAUCUCCGCAAGUCCAUCAACAUCGGAGUAGGCUUGCACGCUUGGAUUCGCAAGCAUGGCGACUUCUCAAGAGACGACCAGCAACCGUUCCGGGACUGGGUACAGUUCUCUUUCGAUGAGACCAAGCACUCGGGCGAUGCCGAAGCUGCCCAACGCCUGGUUGAGGUUCUUCGGAAGUGCAAUUUUACAUCGACUACCAUCCCAAGCGAAUCGGCCGAUGUGAAAGCAGCCAAGGUUGAGAAGAAGCCUCUUCAAGACGUCAAGUGGGAUCUGCGAGAGCACACCCACCUUCUCCGUCGACUGUCCAAGGAGUUGGUUGCUCGCGUUCGCUCUUUGCGCUUCUUCGAUGUCGUGCGCAAGCUUCAACGCAACGGAGCCGACGCGAGGAAGGUUUUGGGCACAUCAGCGUGCGGCCACCAACCUUCAGCGAGUGCCAACAUUGAGAUGGCUGUGCUGAGUUGCUGUGGGCAUGUCGCCUGCCACUCCUGCAUGGUAGAGGCUGCCAACUCGCAACGCUGUGUCAAAGGAGAUGAUUGCCACGCUGCAGUUCGCCACACCAACAUUGUCAAGGUUUCAUCAUUGGGAGUUGAGGGAGAGCUUCACUCUGGUCGCUACGGAGCGAAACUCGAGCACCUGGUCAAGUUGAUCAACACUAUCCCGCGGAGCGAGCGCGUCCUCGUCUUCCUUCAAUGGGAUGAUCUGGCGACCAAGGUUUCCGAUGCUCUCAAUGCUGGUGGUAUCAAGCACAUUUCCCUCGCUGGCGGCGGCGUCAAGGCGCGCGCUAACAAGCUCGACAACUUCCAGUCCUCGGAUUCCGACACCCACCGAGUUCUCCUUCUCAAGAUCAACGAUGCUUCAGCGGCCGGCUCCAAUCUUACGACCGCAAAUCAUGCUAUUUUCAUUGGCCCGCUCUUCACCAACACUCUCCUAAACUAUCGCGCAGUCGAAACGCAGGCGAUUGGGCGAAUUCGCCGAUUCGGACAGAACAAGACUGUUCACGUUCAUCGUCUGAUGGCAUUGGACACAAUCGACGUUUCGAUUUACCAAACGCGCCUUGCCGAACAGAGAGCCAAGGCCGACUACGUCGCGAUCCCUCAGACGUCGUAUGACCCCAAGGCUAAGAUGAGGAAGCGACGAAGUGAGGGAGGUGAAGUGGAGCGCGAAUUAGGCGUUUAGUGAUACCCUCACACCCAGUCUUUCUUCUCAAUAUGAUUUCAUAACAUGUAACAUGCAUAAGUGCCUUUGUCCACAUAA